AUGGCCAUUUGGGACGUCCCAGCGCAAUCCCUUGUGGCCAUCCACAUGCUGAUGGAGGGCGCAGCCCGUGGUCAACCACACAUCGCAUGGACCUCGCGCAUGCAGCGUGUAGAGGCUGCUUUAACUUGCCACUCGACAGAGCCCACAAAGAGAUCCGCACAAUGGGGGAGGGGCUUCCUCUCUAUUUCCCCCACCCUUGUGCUGCUGCUUCUUCCUGGUGAUGCUCAGCUAACAGCAACCACAGACUGUGCUUGGCACAAGAAUGCACUGGUAGUGUGUCCGUCGGCCAAGCGAUCUUCAUGGUUGGCUAUUCUGGCCUCCAUGUGGUGUCGAAGGCCGGUUUCCCCACCAACGCUACGUGACCGACGUGCUCCUCAUUCCAGAUCAAGAACCAUCAUCGAUUGCUUGCUCCUGUUUCUACAGUUCUCUGUGAGUGUCACGGCGAUUAGUCUCCUGUCCGCUAAGAUCUUCAUUCUCCUUUCUCCCUAGCUCCUUGUUUCUCUGACACCAUUUCGAAGUGGCUAUAAAAUGGCCACUUCAGAAGGUGUCGUUGCUUGGAAAACCCAUCUCCUUUUUACCCCUUUACACUCCUCUCCGCUUCUCUACUUGCCUUUUUAAAACGCUAGUCGCUCCCCCG